CACGUGCCAGGUUCCGCGAAAGCAGGAAAUUCCUGACAACUUGAUAUAGUCUAAUAAGUUCGAAUUUGGCACCCAAUCAACAUUCCCCGGAACACACGUAGUUCACAAUUCGUGUGUGCUUCUUGAUUUAACCGUAUGUGGCGGAAAGUUGGCACACUAGUAUGUAUGUUCCCUCAUGUACAUAAUCACAAAACAGACGCGUCCAGACCAUUGUGGAGUCCAGCCGCUUGGUUCUCCAGUCCUUCUCGGGUGUACAUCGCGUUUCUAACUCUCAGGAGAAAAUCCGAAGAUGUUUCGCCUUGCAGCCAUCCUAGCAGUCUGCACAUCCCUGGUCGGACUGACUGCAGCUCUACAGGCCUGCGGAUCGUCACGGGGACCAAGGACCCCUCGCUGGACGGGUGGGGACUGCAGCUGUAGUGGCGGUAUUGUUAACUGCGAGGACAAAAACCUAGCCGCAGUCCCUGACAAUAUCCCAGCCUACACGACUAGUUUAAGCCUCCAACACAACAAGAUUGUUGAACUCGAGGACGGAAAGUUUCAACACCUCGAAUCUCUGACAAGUCUUCUCCUCAGCAAUAACCAGAUCACAGCAAUCAGAUCACGGGCGUUUGCCGGCCUAAAGAACCUUGACAUACUGUUCCUCCAAAACAACAACAUACGUGUUGUAGAACCAGGAAGCUUCCAAGGACUACAAGAACUUACAUGCCUUCGCCUUCAAUACAACAAGUUGACAACGCUGCACGGAGACACUUUUUCAACUCUGUACAAACUCAGGGAACUCCUCCUUCAUCAUAACCAGUUAAAAACCCUGCCCCAUGAUAUCUUCGACAGCCUAGGCCAGCAGCCACCUUCCACGCCUUCGAUCCAACUGCAUGACAACCCAUGGUCCUGUGACUGCAGCCUAGAGCCAGCCAGGUCAUCGUUCUGGUCAAACCAAAUCGUUUGCCAGUCCCCACCUGCCCUGAGGAACAUACCACUGUCCUCCCUCGCCACACACCAACUAAGCUGUCCCUCGACAACGUCAAAAACCUCCACAUCGAACACCACUCCAGCUUCCACACGUCCAUGGCCAAUGUCAACUUCCACGGUGAACACUGUUUCAUCUACCACAGCCUCCUCGCCAACAGGAGGGACAGAAGAAGGCACAGGCAACAGUCCCGGCACUGUACACGUCCCUACUUUGAUAAGCGUAGCCAUAGGCUGUGGUGUCUUCGCUCUCAACCUGUGCGCCAUCGUUGGAAUCGUGUGCUACGUGCGUGGGAAGAGGAACGGCUCACGCGAGAACCCUAGUUCACAGCCAGAGGAUUCCGGUCCAGACGCUGGAGAAGACGGAAGCGAGUAUGAGGACGUCCUAGUUCCCGAGGGGAGGCGGGGAGGGAGGGUGCAGUACGCUGUCAUAGCCACAGAGAAUCAGGGAAGCGCCAGCUCCUCGGAAUGGUCGACUCACGCGUACGAGACUAUUCGUUCUGAUGAUCUCGAAGAGGACUCUUCUGGCUACUUGGCCAUGCGUUAGGCAAUACUGUAGAUUAUACAUCAUUCGCAAGCUAGGACAUUCCCCCCAAAGGUACGCUAAAAGUUCAGUCAGUUUAUUUCUCCUGUAGUGUAAGUACUUACUAGUACUUCUCCUGUAGCAUGUCCAGGACGAAAGAUACAAA